UUGGGUUGUCUUCUGCCAAGUGCAAAGACGCGUCCAGCACCGGAAAGCUGACUGGGCUUUGUAUUUAAUACAACGGAAACAAUGCAAACCGACAGCAAAUGAUGCCAGACACCCGCAGAGAUCACUGGACAGGCGAGACAGACCGACGACUGCCUGCUUCCCACCCACUAUCACUCUCGACAGGUUCUGUGCACUCGGCGGCGUCGUCGACCCCUGCUUCGGACGAUGCUUUUAUAAGGCAGGGUAGUUCAGGAGCCUCGCGCAGAUCUUCAGUCAACACCCAGACAGCAAACCGAGAAUACGAGAAUGGUUCAGCGGAGGCAUUUGAGGAAGGGGAGGAGAAUCGAGUUAUAUAUGAGGAUUUUACGACUAUCGACUGGAUGAAGGAUCUCAUGCGGGACCACCGACGACAGAACAGAGUGCGAGCUCGCCAUCGACCUGGUUGGGACUGGUAUCUGUACACAUUAUUUGAUGCUACACAGUCCUGGAUAUUAGUCUCUAUAAUAGGCAUAUCGAUUGGUUUACUAGCUGGUUGGAUUGACGUGAUUGCAGCUUGGCUUGGGGAUAUUAGGUUUGGAUUUUGCAGGUUGGAAUGGCACGUCAGUAAAAGCAUUUGCUGCACAGGACAGUUUGAUAAAGAUGGUUCAUGCGAUGACUGGUGGGACUGGAGUUACGUUGUCUUUGGAUGGCGAAACCUUGCCUUCGUCAAUUGGUUCUUUUACGUGGGACUUUCGGUUGCCUUUGCCACAGCUUGCGCUUUUGUGGUUAUUCAUUUGGCCCCUUACGCUGCGGGAUCUGGGUCUGCUGAAGUCAAGACGAUCCUUGGCGGAUUUAUCAUAAAGGGGUUUCUGGGAAUUAGAACUUUGAUCGUCAAGGCAGCAGGACUGCCAUUGAUGGUAGCGUCAGGGCUAGCGGUCGGAAAAGAAGGGCCAAUGAUUCAUGUCGCUUGCUGUGUGGCCAAUGUGUUCCCGAGAAUGUUUCCAAAGUAUUGGCAAAAUGAAGCCAGGAAGCGGGAGAUUUUGUCAGCGGCGUCGGGAGCCGGGAUCGCCGUUGCUUUUGGUGCACCGAUUGGCGGCGUCCUAUUCUCAUUGGAGGAAUUGAGCUCGUUUUUCCCGGCGAAAACCAUGGUCCGUAGCUUUUUUUGCGCCCUAGUCGCUACUGUCACUUUGCAGCUCGUGGACCCCUAUCGCGGAAAACGCGUCUUGUACCAAGUCACGUAUUCACGUCGAUGGCACUUUUUCGAGAUGAUCUUUUUUAUUCUUCUUGGGGUUUUCGGGGGCCUGUUAGGAGUCUUGCUGAUUCGCGCGAUUCGGCGAAUGCAAGCUUUUCGGAAAAGUUCAUGGUUAAAGCAAAAUCCUCUCAGAGAAGUGGCGUCGAUCGCGGCAGUGACUGCGGUGUUAUGUUACUUCAACAUAUAUACUAGAGUUGAUAGUUCCGAUCUUCUCGAAGGACUAUUCCGUGAAUGCGAAGAAGCUGACUUCCAUGGGCUGUGCGAUCGAGCAGGACGAGGGAGAGUGGUCGCUCUUCUCAUCACUGCAUUGCUGAUGAGGACAGUCUUGACGAUUGUCACUUUUGGCGUCAAGGUGCCCGCCGGAAUCUUCAUUCCAUCGAUGAUUUGCGGCGCUUUGUUCGGCCGCAUCCUGGGGAUCAUUGUUCAGUCUUGGCAGAAGGCCAACCCUAGCAAUCCAUUGUUCUAUUCGUGUGAGCCAGAUGUGGCGUGUGUCACUCCCGGGGUGUAUGCGCUUUUAGGAGCUAUCGGGGCUCUCGGAGGAGUGACAAGGAUGACUAUCUCGUUGACAGUUGUCAUGUUUGAAUUAACGGGAACCUUAAAUUACAUCGUCCCCUGCAUGGUCACGCUUAUGACAGCAAAGGUUGUGGGAGACUUGUUUGGAAAAGGUGGAAUAGCCGAAAUGCAGAUUCGCAUGAACAAGUAUCCUUUCCUAGAUCCCCGUCAAGAUCAAGUCAUUGGGCUUACGGCAUCCGAAGUUAUGACGCCUGCCGAGGAGCUGGUCUGUUUCGUGGGCAAGGGGUUGAAAGUAGAAGACGUAGAACGGGCGCUAGAGCAAGUGAAAUAUAAAGGGUUUCCAAUUGUGCACAGUGUCGACGAUCCCACGUUGGUUGGCUACCUAUCUCGGGAAGAUCUGAAAUACGCAUUAGAUAAGGCCAAGUCUCAACAUACCAUUAGUCCCAAAGCGCCGGUCUUCUUCGACGAUACAGACAGCCUCGCAUCCCGCCCUCCAUGGCAACGUGCUCAUUCUGGCUUUACCGUCGCUGAGAGCAUUGUAUCGCCCGUAUUAGUGCGAGGAAGCUCUACAAGAUCGCUUGAUGGACAAGAUGGAGAUCGAUGGCUACAUUUGACAGGUUAUAUCGACCGGACUCCCUUGCAAGUGCAUCCGAAGGUGUCAGUGGAGUUGGUCAUGGAUUUAUUCAAGAAACUGGGGCUGCGGUACAUCCUGGUAGUGCACAUGGGCCGCCUCAAAGGGAUUAUAACCAAGAAAGACAUCUUGAUAGCAAUGUAUGGGGAGGAUGAGAACGGAGGAGAUUCCACUGCAUCGAUACCCAUAGCAGAUAGAGAUGAUUCUGGGCGAUCAACACCGACAAGGCGCGGCGGGACCGCGGGGCAGUUUACAAGAGCACGCCGACUACGACGCGCAAGUGGGGGACCUUUCGGCAGUCAAGAAUGGGCAGGAGGCGGAGCAUCUGGAGAAACUCUGCCUCUGGUGGGAGUCGGGUCAGGAACAGAUCGUGGAGAUCCGGGGCAGGAUAUCAUUGAAUGAUUCGAAAGUCUGUAAUAAUUGUAUGAUAUAUGCACAAAGGAAGAGGGCCACAGCUGCUACUUAUACAUAUUGGACUCCACGUCUCUAUGACUUUUGUCUGAGCCAAAACAAUGAGCAAUUGUCAGCUUUGCG